AUGUCUGACUCAGACCUUAUGAAGAGUGGGGGUCCAGGCAGCAGGGGCCCUGUUUGCCGCUCACCUCCAACUCCCAGGAUGGAGCUGCUCAGCCCCUCCAAGGUGAAGGACCGCUCUCAGAACGUCACAGAGAAGGUCACGCAGGUACUUUCUCUGGAGUCUGAUGUACUGCCUGAAUACAAACUCCAGGUGCCACAGACAACAUGGUGGAUCUUGCUUCACUACAGCCCCUUCAAGGCGUUUUGGGACUGGAUAAUUCUCCUCCUGGUCCUCUACACGGCUGUUUUCACUCCUUACUCAGCUGCUUUCCUCUUGGAUGAACAUGGCGAUUUACGUCAAAGGAGUUGUGGCUACACAUGUAACCCUCUGAAUGUGGCAGACCUUAUGGUGGAUGUGCUGUUUAUUGUGGAUAUAGUCAUCAACCUUCGCACAACAUACGUGGACCAGAAUGAUGAGGUGGUCACACAGCCGAGCCGGAUAGCCAAGCACUAUGUCAAAGGCUGGUUCCCUAUUGAUCUCUUUGCAGCGAUCCCUUUUGACCUUCUCAUUUUCAGAUCGGGCUCUGAUGAGAUGGCAACCUUAACAAGCCUGCUGAAAACAGCUCGCCUGCUACGACUGGUCCGUGUGGCAAGAAAACUGGACCGAUAUUCUGAAUAUGGAGCUGCGGUCCUCUUCUUACUCAUGUGCACCUUUGUACUCAUCGCCCAUUGGCUAGCCUGCAUUUGGUAUGCCAUUGGCUUUGUCGAGAGGCCGUACACGGAGACCGGUUGGCUGGACAACCUGGCUGAACAACUGGGCAAGUCAUAUAACGACAGCGACUCCACCUCUGGUCCGUCGGUCAAAGACAAGUACGUCACUGCUCUGUACUUCACCUUGAGCAGCUUGACCAGUGUGGGGUUCGGUAACGUUUCUCCAAACACCAACUCUGAGAAGAUCUUCUCCAUCUGCGUCAUGGUUAUUGGCUCUCUCAUGUACGCCAGCAUAUUUGGGAACGUGUCUGCCAUCAUCCAGCGGCUGUACUCAGGUACAACCCGCUACCACACCCAGAUGCUGCGUGUCAAAGAAUUCAUUAGAUUCCACCAAAUCCCAGGUUGCCUGCGCCAAAGACUAGAGGAGUACUUUCAGCAUGCCUGGUCCUACACAAACGGCAUUGACAUGAAUGCUGUGUUGAAGGGGUUUCCAGCGUCUUUGCAGGCUGACAUCUGUUUGCACUUGAACAGAUCUCUGCUACAGAACUUUAAGGCUUUCCGUGGAGGUAGUCAAGCCUGUCUGCGCGCCUUGGCCAUGAGGUUCAAGACGGUCCACGCUCCUCCGGGAGAUACUCUAAUCCACUACGGAGACAUCCUGGACUCUCUCUUCUUCAUCUCUCGUGGAUCGAUCCAGGUCAACAGGGAUGAUGUGGUAGUAGCAAUAUUAGAGAAGAAUGACAUCUUUGGCGAGGCUAUCCACCUGUAUGAUGAGCCAGGGAAGUCCAAUUCCGACGUGCACACCAUCACCUACUGUGACCUGCACCGCAUCCUGAGGGACGACCUGCUGGAGGUCCUGGAUAUCUACCCCAGCUUUGCAGACAACUUCUGGAGGAACCUGGAGAUGACCUUUGACCUGAGAGAUGCCGAUCAAGUGCCACCAAUAAUAACAACCGAUGACUCUGGUGACGACUGUGGAUAUCAUCACAAGCAAAGACACAGAAUCCACUCCCUGGACUGCCGAAUUCGGCCAGAUGGAAUCGAUCAUGAAGACUCCUACCCCCUUCAGUCUUUCCGUCAUCGUCACUCACCUCCCCAGGCCCACUGGGAUGACCACUGUAGCUGUGGAUCCCCAUGCUCCCAGUCCAGUGAGGACCUAGCUAAGUCUCUUUCUCAUGGUGCCAAAGUAGAGCUUUAUCCUCCUGAAGACGCCACGCGAGAUUACUCCCCCUCUGUAGUGCAGCUGCUACCCCCGAGUGGCACGUCAGUGGGGAGGGACUCGGUGUUGGACAUGGGCCACCAAGUUUCCUCAGCUUCAUCUUUGAAUGUGCCGGGAAUGUAUCAGUACUGGCCAGACCGACAGUCACAACAGUUUUCCAGUCACGCAUGCCGAUCUUCCUCUGUCCACAACUCAUACCACCCACCACCGUUCACAGAAGAAAGGCCCGGCGAGCUAGAGUCUCGACUUGAGGUUUUACAUUCACAGCUCAACAGGCUGGAGACUCGCAUGACAGCAGACAUCAACGUUAUUCUCCAGCUUCUCCAGAGGCAGAUCGCUCCUGUACCUCCAGCUUACAGCACUGUAUCAUCCAGUACCCUCCCUUCUGACUCACCCGGCCUGUAUGGGACUGGGACACCAGUGCUGCACAGCAUGUACCCCAUCUCUCCCAUACAGAUGGACAGCAGAGCACCCACACAGAGCUCGAACCAAACCGACCUUAAAUUCACCAAGAAGUCCCAGGAGUCACUGUCCAGCGGUAUCCAUGUGACUGUGGCGUCAGACGACACCAUGUUCAUGACCGUCACCCCCGAAACUGAGACCCACACAGGGUUAACCCCACAGCUGCCCCAGCCAUCAGUCAAAUCCUCCCUCAUGGAGAACCCCAGGCUGUGCGGCAGCCUCCGCUACCCCUCACUGCCGGGAAACCUGGACAUCACGUCAGGACUAGCUGAGAUCCAGAAACACCUGUCAGACCCUGGGCUGCCUGUCAUCUGAAGACAUUUUUGUGGCAACCAGUAUGACACUGAAAGAAAGUAGAAAUACACUGCUUCCUACAGACUUGUG